CGGAGACGAUUUCGGAAAAUUGCAACAUUUGAUAUCGACUGGUUUAGGUAACAAAGCAGAGUGAUGUUUACGGAGCGAGCGCGACCGGUCGAUGGAAUGACGUCAUCGGGAGCUUAGAAGAGGCGUUUGGCCUGGCCGGCUCGUGUUGCCUCGGACGGGUAAAAGAAAAAACCACGGCAAUUGCUUCAUGAGACUUGAAGCCAGGAACCAAACUCGGAAUGCGCGUGUGUUUGUGAAGACGUGCCGAGGUGACCAAUCUAGACCGUGUUGGCGAAGAUGAUAUGAUCGGUCCCGCUAGGCGCGAGCUUUAUCUUCUGAAUUACGGUAACGCAUGAUGGCCUUCUAUAACAUGCGAAGGAUUCCUGAGGCAUUGACCAAGUACAAAGUCGAGGACAACGGGGACCUCCACGGCCAGGACAUGUUGCAUUACGUGGGCCGACCGAUGGGAGAGGAAAUGGAGUAUGUAGUCGGCACAAACGGCGAACUCACAAGAGAGCGGCUCCGGCAGUUGGCUUCGACUAGGCUGGCCGAGCAGGGACGCAUAGGGAUGCAAGAAGCCAAUCUAAUGUAUCACAGAGAGGCUGCGGCUAUGCAGCACAAAUUCAAUGCAGCCGUUGCGGCCAAGCCUCUGUAUUCCAUCGGCGACCCACAACGCAUCAGAAUGCCGAGGCCGCCUCCGCGAUUCGCCGAGCAGCUCCCCCGCCAUCCCCUCUACGAUGGCCCGUUAAAUCUGGUCAACCGACACACCGUGCCGGGCCACCUGUACGCCGGGGUCACCCACCCGUCAUUGGACGGUCACAUUGACCUCAGCAAGCCGCUGGAUUUAUCCAUGAAGUCGCAGAGACUGUCUGUGUCCAGGCCGCCAAAGACAAUGGUAGAUCCCAGGUUGAUUUCAAUGGCGAACGCCGAAAUGCUUGCAAAGCAGUCGCACUCUGUCAGGAGCAAUGGACACGAUGUGACGUCAAAGGUUACGUCAGCGCCGACUAUGUACAGACCCCCACCCAUGAUGAGCUACAGUAAACCUGGUCGGCAUGGCAAUGGCAUCAACCCAAGUCAGCUAAUGCAUGGUCAGCACUCAGUCCUCUCUAAGGAGGUGACGAUGACACAAGGUCAUCUCCACCCGCUCUCGUCCUCAGCCAGCGUGGCCUCACAUAUCCGACUGGGCCGUACUGCGCUCAAACGGCCUCCACCCGUCCUGGCGCGCUCCGCAUCGGACAUUCCUUUGAAGCGCGCCGUCUUGGACAAACUCUCGACAGAGCGUCUGAAAAUUGCCCCGUCUUCCAAUCCCCCUACCUCUGUGGGUGUUAAGACUUACCCAGACGCAAGCAGUAGGGCUGCGCUGUUAGCUUAUGAGCCUGGAAGAAGUCACGCAGUUUCAAUGAUCAACCAACCGGAGUCUGAAUCCCAAUUACGAAUCACGGACGUUCGGUCUAUUGCAUCCCGCGCGGGUACCAGUCAUCCAGCCCCAGUGCCAACAUCGACGCCUUCCCGACCGCGUACGAAUAAAGCAGACGGGGCACCAGUGUUUCACCACAUACAUCACCACCACCAUCACCACCACGUACCGCAACCGGACGAAGAAGUGUUACGACAGGGCACCAAUGGAGCACAAGUAGUUCACGCGCAUGGUGCAGUACCAGUGCAUGGAGGAGUGCUGGCAACGGGUGGUGCAGGACCAGCGAAUGGUUUACCAACUCAUGAUAUCCCAAGUCACCGAUUAGCGCCUCGUAUGGUAACCGGCCAUGAGGUACCAACAAUGGCUGCACCGAACAUGGCGUCUUCACGCGGGGAUCGUCUGCAUGGCGUCUUGAUCAAACACACUACAACCCCAGUCUCUACCAUAACUAGCCCACACCUGAGACGAGCUCACUACCACACCCGACGGCGCAGCGCCAAGAGCAUUAGCCCACCGACUCUGGUCUCUCAUGCUGGCCUGACGCCGCUGCGAUUAGACUCAACGGGCGUGGCGUCUACACCGAUCCGCGCGCACCAGCAUGCCCGCGCCACCUCGCCUCUCAAACUGGUCGCCUCGUCCAUAGCCGCCGGGGCCAAAAUGAACGAAUUAUUGAAACCCUUGGACGGACCGGAACAGCCAUCGGCGAGUGGACACAACGUGACAAACAAUAACAACAACAACAAGGUUGUGUUGCCCGAGAAGCUGGCGAGACCUUUAAGGGUCGAUAUACCGGAUGACAGUGCUUUCGUCAGCCACUUAGGCGAUGUAUACACGGGGCAGUCUAACCCCGUGCCUUUAGUACGACAAGUCAGCAAUGCAGCAAAUAUCACAAAAUGUCCGACGAGCGAGGCAUGCUCGUCCCCUAAGAAAUCCAAUUCAUCCGGCAAUGAGUCUCCAACAAUGCCGGUUUUGACGCCGCAGAGUGUCUACUCACCCUGCUUCGCUACUGAAUCGGCAACUAAUCUUACUCACAUUUCCUCGAACGUCGAACCUCAACCAACAUCCUCUCCAAUGUUUUACAGUGCACUCACCCUUCCCCUGUAUUCGCGCAAACAGGACACCGAAGCUGUUCAGAAACUGCUCCGAGCUAAGGACGAGUCACCCCCUAAUCUGAACGAGACAAGUCCGGAGCAGCUUGUACCCGAUCAACGGGUACCGAAUACAAUGGAUAGGUUUGGGACUCUUAUUCAGCAAAAAAUCGACAUACACGUCCUAGAAAAAGCGGCUGCAGUGGAUAAGAGCAAACGAGAACAAAAACUACAGAGGGAAAGGAUGCAAGAAGAGCGUGAUGUUUAUCAUCGUUAUUUCCAGGAGUUUCGCAGAGCCCCCUUGGACAAGCCAAGAAAGAGGCGCAUGCAUGGGCACGGUUUGAAAGCAAGUAUGGACAGGCUAAAGGCUCAGCAACCCAAGCGGGUGAGAGAGAGAAUCCAGCCAACCGGAAAUCACGAUGACAGGAACAUCUUUGCUGAGUUGAUGUUGCAACGCCAUUGGUACGAAGGCAAGAUGCAUAGUAAUCAAGCAAAGGAGGCCCAUAGACAACUCCAACAUGCAGACGUGAUUGAUCUGACCUCUCCUUCCUCCUCGCCAGCACCAGAUGCUCCAGGAAGCUCUGACAACAAAACUGGUGGCAGCGGUGGGAUAGGUAGGGAGAAACCCAAGACAAUCGAUAGGAAUGUCAACGAUUUUUUUAGUAAACGUAUAAUCUCUGCCUACGAAGAGGGGAGGACAGUCUCCAUGAGUGACGCAAUUGAAGCAGUCUUAGCAGCUCAUAUGCCAAUCAUCCCCGGCGAUACGCCCGACAUGGAGCAGAAACAUCGAGACUCGAGCCCUAAGAAGCUCAAUCCUGACACUCAACAGCUUAGACGAGUGCCUCAAGGAUUGAUUGAUCUGAAAGAUCAACCGCCAAAACUCGUAAGGGUUCAGGAGUCUCCAUUGGUUUCCUCGUCCGUCACGGCACCGGUAGCAAACGCAUGCGCGGUAAUUACAUCAGCCAGGAGUUCAACAGUACCUUCUCCUUUUUCCACAACCAACGACUUCAUCAAAUCCGAAACUGCCUCUGUGAUAUCUACCAAUCCCUUGUCGUCGACCAAACAGACAGAAUCCUUCCUGACUUCCUCACCAUUCUUCACCAACUAUCAUCUCUCCACAACAGUCGCGGAAACAUCCCAAGCUCUUCAGUUGGGUAGCGCACCCGCAACGCUUUCGACCACAUCAUCGUUGGCAUCACUGCCCCAUCACUUGAGAUUCUCUCCAACGGAGAAGACGUUCUCCCACGAUCCCCGGAAGAAACUCCUGGCCGCCAUGAACGUCCAAACCUCAGCCGUGCCAUCGUCAGCUGCCGUCUCGCCAGCAUCUAUAGCUGCUAGCCUCUGUUCAACCGUCAGUCCCUCUAGCGGAAGGAGCACACCGUCGAAGGGCUCCUCUAGAAAACGAUCGUUAGAGAUCAGUCGUCUUGAGAACACGUCUAGCUACGUCGCUGCAAUACCAAAGAGAAGACAAAGUGUUGACCCGUCGACGGAUCCGGCGCUGUUGGAUCGUGAGGAACGAGCGUUACAACGAGCGAUGAAACGGUUCAACGAAAUGGAGAAACGAGAAAAGGGAAUUCCGUCAGACACACAGACAGACCCCCUGAUAGACCCCCUGACAAACAACAAGAAACAUAACCGCUUCAUGUUCAGCAAGCACUCCCCGAUCUUCAGAAAGGGGAGGGGGCGUGGUCGGAAGUUCAUGGGUUUUCAGCGGAAGCAUCACACUCACAAAGAUGUUUUCUCGUCGUCUCUGUCUUCGCACAAGGACCGGCGCACCUUCUCACGAGGGAUGCGCCGUUUGACAAACCAAGGCGGUAGAAGCUCCUUCCAAGACUUCGUUCCCAUGGUGCUUGAAGAACGAACCAGACACUCUCUAGCUACAAGAUCGAGCGCGAGAGAAAGAAAGGUUUACCACAAGAACGCCCGCUACGAGAUGGAAAUCGAGAAGGAGGAACGAAAGUACCUGGAACGGAAGCGGCAGAAGCGAUCUCUGAGUGGUUCCACGAGUGGAGAAGACGAGGCAUCUUCCGUGAAGGGUAAGAAUGUGCCCGGACGACGCCGUAAAGGUACCGAAGAUGUCACCAAGAAAUCGAACGACGACACCUUGAUGACAGAGAAAUCGAUGGCGCCGGGCGGCAAACCGAACGCUUCCGGCGAGUGGAACUCUUCCGGAGAAGCUCCGGAAAAGACCGACGUCUCGGCCGAGAGUGAAAGCGUGGUUAAAUCGCCCGGGAUGGACGCGCCCCUUCAUGUCGUUCUCGAUCCCACCAACCACACCAAGAUGCGGUUCAUGACGUCCUCGGCCUACGAGCUGCACCGCAAGGACUCUGGGAAGGAGAACAAGGACAUCGAGGCCAAGCCAGGAGGAAAGCGAAAGUUUAAGGCGAAACAUAUUGGCCCUGCUACAGAGGACGAUGUACGGCAUGAUGACAGCGUGACUGUGAAGACAGAGGUCUUUGAGAAUCUUCCCAUCGCGAGCCAACCGGAGCCUAGUCCCGUUAAAGUGGUCCGACCAGAGCCCCCUGCCGAGAUGAAGCGAUUAAUGGUCAACAAGAAGUUGGGUGAAACGAUCCUGCACCGAGCCGCCAGGCUGGCCUAUGACGACGUGGCCAUCUACUGUAUCGAUUAUGACGUGGUUGACAUCAAUGCGAAGGAUAACGCCGGGUAUACGCCGCUGCACGAGUGCUGCGUGCACGGGCGUCUACGGGUCGCGUUGUACCUGUUGCAGCAUGGUGCGGACGUAAAUGCUAGUGCGUCAGACGGCACGAGACCAAUUCAUGAUGCGGUUGAUAACAACUGGUUGGCCCUGGUGCGUCUGCUCCUGACGUACGGCGCCGAUCCACUCAUUUCCACCUACUCCGGAAGGACGACCAUCAAAUUGGCGCGGACUCAAGCCAUGAAAACAUUCAUCAUCGGUUAUCUCAGCGAUAUAAAUGGAGACUGGGAUCUAGACGAGGGUGAUCCGUAUCAAAGCAAUCUGGACCUGCGCUGGCACCUUACCGGAACACAUUCUUUUGAUGCAAAUGGCCUGCCGGUAUCUGAUAUCUUUCAAGACGUUCCGGAGGAGAAGAGAGAACAAAGUAAAGAAGAGUUCUUGUUUGAAGUCAGUGACACGCCGCAUCUCACAAGCUACAACUUUAGUCUUCCAAACGACCGAAGGCCUCGCAAUUGGCUGUUGCUGCCUGACGUCACCAACCAACUGAACACCACGCGCGCGGACUUUCUGGCCAGCAACCGGAGCAUGCGCAGUGCCACGCUGACCCUGACAGAGUUCACGGCGGCCAUUAGCAGAUCGCAGCUGAACUGUACCCCUCCGGAGAAAUCAGGGAUGAUGCUCGACGAGACGUCAGGGGACCACGUCGUGGAGUUGCUUGAACUGACGAGCGAACUCCGGAAAACUCUUCAAAUUGAAGAGGUUUAUAUUUAGGGGGAAAAUUGCUUCUCUCAUUAUAAGGUGAUGUCAAGUGUCGGCUUGUCUGCAUUAUUCAUCACUCUGCCGGGAUUUCGGUAGUCUAAUGAUCUACUCUAUGUCUUCAUUGUUCCUGCUUGUUGAUGCUUGGAGUUGGAAAAGUACACCUUGCCAAGAUUUGAAAGGUCUUGACUUGGAAUUGUAUGAUUUCCUGAGAGAUCUUCCAACUUAGCCCAAUGAAAUGAGGCAGAGAUUGUUUUAAUCUUCAACACAAAGCGUCAUCACUCGGUGUCCAUGCUUUAUGCACAAGUCUAUCAGAGUCAGAAGGAAGCUACUGGACCAAAUAGGCUGGUGCUUCCAAUGCGGUGUUCAGCUCCAUUGCAAUGUGCACUACGUACUAAGGGUGCAUGACCAAGAUGGCGUCAGAGGAUAAUAAUUCUUUCUUGACGUCCCAUUUUGACAUUUUUGAAAUUGAUUUGGGAAGACUACAUGUGAUUCAUGGUGCUUUCAAAACUAGUUUUCUAAACGGUGGAACUAUAGCCGUACUUCUUACAAUUACAACUUAACGAUCGCUCCAAAGAUUUCACAACUUUGGUGAUCGUCACUGUGAUAAGGUUCACAAGUCAUGAAAAUGGAUCAUGUAUAGCACGACUACCACGCGUUCUCGCGUGAGUCUACGAGACUUGAAACUUGACCCGAGUGUCAAAAGUUACUGGUAACUGGUUCAGACUCCGUCGACAGUACUAAUUGGUUGCAGUUGUAUCAUGAAAAGAGGCUGCUGCCGGCAACCAGUGAUCAACGAGGAAAUCAUGAAACGCAAAGUUUGUUUUUAAAAUGCAAUUUAUCUUUUUUGUUUAAAGGUUGUCAAUUACACAGUAGUAUACAAUAUUUUUGUAAUAAUUUCUCAUUUUUCAGAAGUUGAUUUUUUUUACUUGUAAAUCUGGGUUUUUUCUACUUUAAUCCGUUAAUAACCUCUUUGGGUUUUUUGUGUGGAAAACGAGUGGGAAAAUGGCUCGUUGGAUGAUGCAGAGAGGAUAGCGGGACAGGAUAAUUAUUUUUCCUUUUUGUUAAACUCUGUGCUUCCUCGUUAAUUAUAACGUGUCAGUUCUCAAAAUAUUAAGAAGCUGUGCUUAUAGGACCGCACGAACUAUUUAUCGCACUUAUCAUUAAAACUUAAAAAAAAAUUGGACCUAAUGUUCAGUGUUCCAGGGCUUUAAGCAAAGAUAUCUAUUAAUUUUAAUCACGCAUUACGCAAAUAUUUCUAGUAAUGUUAUUAAUCACUGUUAUCAUUUUGAGCGGUAUUCGUGUGACGUUUAUGUACGUGACACCAGUUUGUAUUCCAACGCAUUAAGAUUUAGUCUUUGUUUCAAUGCAGUGUCCCAGACAUUAUGGAGAUUUAACUUACCCAGAUAUAGUAAGGAAAAGACAAGUUCUUGCUCAUUGUUUGUAUGAAUUCUCACGGCCACGUGUCAGACCAUAAAAGGCUAACGAGACCUAAAGGGGACUUUACUUUGUUCAUGUUAUCAUUCAGAUCUAUACGUAAUUUGCAGCCGAAAGUUGUGUUUUCCUCACUUUUGCUGUUAGGCUUACCUAUAUUUUGCCUUCUGGUGCACAAAAUCUUUUCACUGAUGCAUGGGCAAAUUUUGGAGUUUUCAUUCGUAUAGUAAAGGUUAUAUUAAGAUGAUUAUGGAACGGGCCCUGAGAAGAAGCCGGAGCGGAAACCGAAGCCCAGAUUUGAGAAAUGGCUUUCAAUUAAGUAGGUCCGAAUUAUGAAAAAGGAAUAGUUGCAAAACCAGCAGCACCUAAAAUGCAAGAUGGUAAGAAAAAACUCGAUAAACGAUUAUGCCAAAUUUUGAUUGCAGAUCGAGGUCGGAGAUUGUUUUGUAUGAGAGCAAACAAGUUUUAUUUUCAUCGUUCACUUUCAAACACAUAACUGAAUAUAUAUAUACAUUAAAGCAUUUUUCUGUAACUUUUGUAAAAACGUUCUUGUUAUUGGUUUGGGAAAUAAACGCUAAAGUUGUCCCAUAAUGGGUGUUUUACAACAA